CUCAGAUCAUCGUUUUUCAUCCAUUUAUAACGGUAGCUAUUAAAAGGAUCACUUGAUCCAGCCCUUGCUGUGUCAUUUAUGAGCAUGAAGCAGACAGCAUGCAGCGUUUAUUUACGCAGUCAUCAUGUCUGCUGGAGGAGAGAAAUCUAAGUCUGCUUCCCAGACUGAUGGGAAGGCAGCUCAGAACAAGAUGUCUGAGAUGGGCACGACAUCCCUAAAGAUGUGUGUGUUUGACCAGGAGAACUUGCAGGGCCGCUGCAUUGAGAUCACUGGGGAGUGUAUGAGUGUAUGUGAGAUGGGGAUGGACAAGGUGCGCUCCCUGCGUGUUGUAAGCGGACCAUUUGUGGGCUUUGAGCAGACAAACCUCACAGGUGAGAUGUUCAUCCUGGAGAAGGGCGAGUAUCCCCGCUGGGACUCCUGGAGCAACAGCCAGAAAAAUGACUACCUGCUAUCCUUUAGACCUGUCCGCAUGGACCCUGAGAAACACAAAAUCACCCUGCAUGAGAUUGGAGAGUUCAAGGGCCGCAAGAUGGAGAUCAUAGAUGAUGAUGUCCCUAGUCUAUCUUCCCACGGUUUCACUGAUAGAGUGGGCAGCAUUGUGGUCAGCUGUGGAACUUUUGUGGGCUAUCAGUUCCCUGGAUAUCGUGGCAGCCAGUACCUGCUGGAGAAGGGUGAAUUCAGACAUUUCAAUGAGUUUGGUGCCCGCAGCCCCCAGAUGCAGUCCAUCAGGCGCAUUCGUGACAUGCAGUGGCACCCACAUGGAUGCUACACCCCGUCCUCCAAGUGAAACUCGGCGAGGGUGAGGAAGAGAGGGCUAGGAGGACAGACAGAGCAUAGAGACAGAGAGGAAAGUGAGGGGAGGAGGGCAAAGAAGGAGAGGAAAAGGGAAAGGGUUUGAUAUUUCUUCUCUGAACUACGGCCUCUUAGAUGUUAAGCUGCAGGAUGAAGGGAAUUCAGUAGGUUGGUUCUUUUAGUUGUUGCAACAUUGUAAUUGAAGUAACAGAGGAGAUUCCUCCCCAGUCUACUGAGACUGUUUUUAAUCAUGCAUCAUUUUUGUUCUCUCUCUCACACCAUCUCUGUUUGUCAGCUCACCUCUCCCCACUCUUGUCUCUCCUCCCCUCACUUCCUCUCUCCCCCUCAAACUUCUCUUCCACAUCACACCAGCGUCAGCCCUCACACAGCCCAUUACCGUCUGACUGACGGGGGUACCAGUUUGGAUUUGUGUGCGCUCCUGUUGAGGGGCUGAGACAGGUGAAAGCAAUGGCAAGAUAAGGGGUCAUAGAUUUUCUGUGCUCAGACCCUCAAAACACAUAAACCUAAAACCAAAUAAAGCAUCUCACAUCCUGCUCCAUUUGAAACAAUGUCUUAUUUAACAAAUGUACAAACCUCCCAUUUCACAAGAGGCUAUUUGUUUGUUUUAGUUAUGUUUUGCAAGCUUAGCUUCACCAUUUGAGACUGUUGUCUAAGAUUCAUCUUGGGAACUUAAAGCUGCUACCAUAUUUAUGUUGUUUGUGAUAUUAAUCAAUCAA